CAAAUGGCGGAUAUGUUCGGUGUGGGAAACACCUCCCUGCUUUGAAAGCGCCUCGGAGGUCAUUUAAGCAGCUGUUACUCGAGUAUUUACUUCUGGAGAAAGGUUGAAACGUAAUUAGGCAAGAUGCCAGCUGUGAAAGGAGAUGGGAUGCGUGGUCUGGCUGUCUUCAUUUCUGACAUCAGAAACUGCAAAAGUAAAGAGGCUGAAAUCAAGAGGAUAAACAAAGAGUUGGCAAACAUAAGAUCCAAGUUUAAAGGUGAUAAGACACUUGAUGGCUAUCAAAAGAAGAAGUAUGUGUGUAAGCUCCUGUUCAUCUUCCUCCUGGGACACGACAUUGACUUUGGUCAUAUGGAAGCUGUCAACUUGCUCAGCUCUAACAAGUACACGGAGAAGCAAAUCGGCUACCUGUUCAUAUCUGUACUUGUGGGAGCCAGCAGUGACCUGAUGAAGCUGGUGAUACAGUGUAUUAAGAAUGACCUGGUCAGUCGUAACCCAGUUCACGUUAACCUGGCCUUACAGUGUGUGGCUAACAUUGGCAGUCAUGAGAUGGCAGAUGGACUGGGACUGGAAAUCCCCAAACUGCUCGUCUCUGGGGAUACGAUAGAUGCAGUGAAGCAGAGUUCUGCGCUGACACUUUUACGACUACUGCGCACCUCACCUGAUAUACUGCCUAUGGGCGAGUGGACAUCAAGGGUGAUACACCUCCUCAAUGACCAACACUUGGGCGUGGUGACCUCAGCAGCCAGUCUAAUUGAAAGUCUGGUGAAGAAGAACCCAGAAGAGUACAAGGGCUGUGUGUCACUGGCUGUAUCCAGACUCAGUAGGAUUGUGACAUCCUCAUACACAGACCUGCAGGACUACACUUAUUACUUUGUUCCUGCUCCCUGGCUUUCUGUCAAGUUGCUCAGGCUCUUACAAAACUACCCUCCUCCAGAGGACCCAGCAGUGCGUGCUAGGCUCACGGAAUGUCUAGAAACAAUCCUGAACAAGGCUCAAGAGCCACCCAAAUCAAAGAAAGUCCAGCAUUCCAAUGCUAAAAACGCUGUACUGUUUGAAGCUAUCAACCUUAUCAUUCACAUGGACAGUGAUCCAAACCUUCUAGUCAGAGCAUGCAAUCAGUUGGGACAGUUCUUACAACACAGAGAAACCAAUCUUAGGUAUUUGGCACUAGAGAGCAUGUGCUUAUUGGCGACAUCGGAAUUCUCACAUGAAGCUGUGAAAAAACACCAGGAAACAGUUAUUACAGCUCUGAAGACGGAGCGUGAUGUGAGCGUUCGUCAGAGAGCAGUGGACUUGCUGUAUGCCAUGUGUGACCGGACAAAUGCUGAGGAGAUUGUGGGAGAAAUGCUGGAAUAUUUGGAGUCAGCAGAUUACUCAAUUCGAGAAGAAAUGGUGUUGAAGGUAGCAAUCCUAGCUGAGAAGUAUGCUGUGGACUACACCUGGUAUGUGGAUGUCAUUCUGAACUUGAUUCGGAUAGCUGGAGACUAUGUCAGUGAGGAGGUAUGGUACAGGGUGAUCCAGAUUGUCAUCAACCGAGACGAUGUCCAGGGUUAUGCUGCCAAGACUGUGUUUGAGGCUCUUCAAGCUCCAGCCUGUCAUGAGAACAUGGUGAAAGUGGGCGGGUACAUCUUGGGGGAGUUUGGUAACCUCAUAGCAGGAGACCCCAGGUCAAGCCCAGCAGUGCAGUUUCAGCUUCUGAACUCCAAGUUUCACCUGUGUGGACCAUCAACUAGAGGCCAACUCUUGUCAACCUAUAUUAAGUUUAUCAAUCUUUUCCCAGAGAUCAAACAACAAAUACAGGAACAAGUGUUCCGCAGUGACAACCAGCUGAGGAACUCUGAUGUGGAGUUACAGCAGAGAGCUAUAGAGUAUCUCCAACUCAGUACUGUGGCCUCAGCAGAUGUCCUGGCGACUGUCCUAGAAGAAAUGCCCCCAUUCCCUGAACGAGAAUCCUCGAUCCUGGCCAAACUGAAGAAGAAAAAACCAACAGGAGUAACAGAGAAUGUGGAGCCUAAAGAGCACCGGAUGCCAGCGACUCAGAUCAACAAUUCUGUGGAUCAAACCACGCCCACCAGCAUUCCUCCAGCUGUCAGUAUUGGAGACAAGCCUGUGUCCUCGCCUAGCAGCAGUGGAUCUGCUGACCUGCUGGGACUCGGGUCACCACCCCAAACAGCGGCACCCUCAGGGGGUGCGGCUAGCGGACUGUUGGUGGAUGUGUUUGAGGGUCUAGCAGGUGGGGGUGGCAGUGGUGGCAGUGCAGCAGCCAGUAACUCAGUACCUGUGGAAUCAAAUGGUCUUAAUGUCACAUCAGACGACAACUUUAGCAGAUUUGUUUGUAAGAACAAUGGUGUUGUGUUUGAGAAUGACCUGCUGCAGAUAGGAAUCAAGUCUGAAUACCUACAGAAUCUGGCCAGGAUAGGGGUUUUCUUUGGCAACAAGACCUCAUUCCAGUUUACAGCCUUUUCCUGUGAUUUGUCAUUACCAGGAAAACUCUGUAACAGUGUAAUCUGUCAUCCCAAGCCUGUGGACACUGUUAUUGAAGGAGGAGCUCAAGUUCAACAACUCAUCAAUAUAGAGUGUACAGAGGUCUUUGAAGAGCAACCACUGCUUAAUGUGAAAUUCUUAUAUAGUGGAGCCCAACAAAAAAUUUCUGUAAAACUUCCCUGUCUAAUCAACAAAUUUAUUGAGCCAAUUGAGAUGAAUGAGAAUCAGUUCUUCUCACGAUGGAAAGCUUUAAGUGUUCCAGCUCAAGAAUGUCAGAAAAUCUUCAAGGCUAAAUUUGGAAUGGAAACUGAACAGAGCAAAGCUAAAAUUCUAGGAUUCGGAAUGAGUGCAUUGGAAGGGAUUGAUCCCAACCCCAACAACUUUGUGUCAGCUGGAAUUCUUCAUAUGCGCAAUCAACAAGUGGGCUGUCUCUUGAGAUUGGAGCCAAAUAUCCCUGCUCAGAUGUACAGACUUACGAUACGAACCAACAAGGAAGACCUGUCUAGGAUUCUGUGUGAAUUACUGGCCACUCAGUUCUGAUGUGGACCCCACCCCCAGUUCUGACAGUAUUUAGCAAGCUCACAUUGCCCUGGGGAAAAGCUGAUCCUGCAUGCAGGCAUUGUGAAGCUACAGGCCUUAGAACUGACACACGUCAAUCAUGAAGAAAUCUGGAGCUGUCUACCUUAGUAACUCUGAUUAGUUGGGGAUAGAGAUGAUGGUAGAGAUG